UUUGGUGGAGAGGCAUGGAGGAGCGUGCAGGUUUCUCCUCUCUGCCCUCUGAGUCCGGCCUCUGAGCGGAGCCUCAGGAGGAGAGACUGUGUCCAGGGAAGCCUCCACAUCCUCUCGGACUGGCCAUGGAGCUGGAGACCAGCGCGGGAAACGAAACCCUCAAACUGGACAGCGGCUCUGGAGCUAAUGGGACAGGAGGAGCUACGGAGGAGGAUUACAGCAGCCUAGUGCACCUGACCGAGACCAAGAUCCUGCCCGUCUUCAUCGGCUUCCUCUGCUCCACUGGACUCGUGGGGAACAUCCUCGUGCUGGUGACUAUUUUAAGGUCCAGUAAGAAGACCGUGCCAGACGUGUACGUGGGUAACCUGGCUGUAGCCGACCUCGUUCAUGUGACUGUAAUGCCCUUCCUCAUCCAUCAGUGGGCACGUGGGGGGCACUGGGUGUUCGGCAGCACCCUCUGCACCGUUAUCACCUCCAUGGACAACUGCAACCAAGUGGCAUGCGCUGCGGUAAUGACCGCUAUGAGCCUGGACAGGUAUCUGGCUCUGGUCCAUCCUUUCCGUCUGAUGAGCCUGCGGACGAGGUCCAGGACGAUCCGCAUCAAUCUGUUAGUGUGGGUGACGUCCGUCAUCAUGGUGCUGCCGGCCUGGCUGCACUCCAAAGUGAUCCGCUUCAGAGACGGGCUGGAGAGCUGCUCCCUCAACCUGGUGUCCCCCAGAGAGGUGCUGUGGUACACACUCUACCAGACCGUGACGUCCUUCUUCCUCCCUUUACCCCUCAUCCUCACCUGCUACAUCCUCAUCCUCUGUUACACUUGGAGAAUGUAUCGCAAGAACAAGCAGGCUCGCAGGUACAGCACCAGCGUGCCACGUCAGCGCGUGGUCCGACUCACCAAGAUGGUUCUGGUGCUGGUGGCCGUGUUUUUGGUCAGCGUGGCACCGUAUAACGUCCUGCAGUUGGUCAACCUGCAGGUGCUGCGGCCCUCGCUGGCCUACCACACCUGCUACUACCUGAGCGUGUGUCUGAGUUACGCCUCCAGCAGCAUCAACCCCUUCAUCUACAUCUCCCUCAGCGGACACUUCCGCCGUCGCAUGGUCUGCCGCGAUGCCCCGAGCGUGCCCAGUGGCGGGGAGCAGAAGGCCGAGACACGGGAUUCAAAUAAACUUCAAAUAAACUGACAUCACAACAGGAGGGAAAACCAGGGCUGGGCAAAACGACGGUGUAUAUCGUUAUGAUGACGUCACGGUACGCUGUGCUAUUGUGAGCCCGUCCUGGACGUCGUCAGUACUUGUGGACACUGACCACCUGCAUGUUUCAGUAUAAAGAGAGAAGUUUUCCUGUUUAAGUUGGUUUAAUGUAACUCAUUAUGCCGAAAACUGAA